CACUAUCAAUCCAUCCAUCCUACGCUCGUGACAACCAUCACAAUCACAAAGAGCACCUUCUCCCUCUGCAGCCAACACCUCCUAUUCCGGUGCAGCACUAGCUACCGUCCUGCAGACGAGCCAUGACGAAGCACGCCGCCUACCCCAGCGAGGACGUGGUCGCCGUUGUGGCGGCGCCAGUGCCGGUGAGCCGGCAUUUCACAUCGUUCCCGCCGCUAAAGGAUGCCCCUCUCGACUGCAAGAAGCAUGUUGUCGUGGACCUCUCCGCUUCUAGGGAUGCCAUCAUGGGCGGCUCCUGGUUCGAGUCCAUGAAGGCUUCAUCGCCGCGGCACGCCGAUGACGCCGAGCACCACGGCGAUUGGAUGGAGAAGCACCCAUCAGCAUUGGCGCAGUUUGAGGCGCUGCUGGCCGCCGCCAAGGGGAAGCAGAUCGUGUUGUUCCUAGACUACGAUGGCACCCUGUCACCAAUCGUCGAGGACCCCGACCGCGCCGUCAUGUCAGAAGAGAUGAGAGAAGCCGUGCGGCGUGUCGCGGAGCACUUCCCCACCGCAAUUGUGAGCGGAAGAUGCAGGGACAAGGUGUUCAACUUCGUGAAGCUGACGGAGCUGUACUACGCCGGAAGCCAUGGCAUGGACAUCCAGGGUCCCGCCAAUCACCACCUCCAGGCAAAUGCUGAAGUUGUCCAUUACCAAGCUGGAACUGAGUUUCUGCCCGUCAUCGAAGAGGUGUUUGGCACGCUGACGGCGAAGAUGGAGGCGAUCGCCGGCGCCAAGGUGGAGAACAACAAGUACUGCCUGUCCGUCCACUUCCGCUGCGUCAGGGAGGAGGAAUGGAAUGCCGUGAACGAGGAGGUCAGGUCGGUGCUCAAGGACUACCCCAACCUCAAGCUCACUCACGGCAGAAAGGUCCUGGAGAUUCGCCCGUCCAUAAAGUGGGACAAGGGCAAGGCCCUUGAGUUCUUGCUCAAGUCUCUUGGCUAUGCUGGGCGCAACGACGUCUUCCCGAUUUACAUCGGAGAUGAUCGCACUGACGAGGACGCUUUCAAGAUGCUUCGCAACAUGGGACAGGGCAUCGGAAUCCUGGUGUCGAGGCUCCCUAAGGAGACGGCGGCAUCCUACUCGCUGAGUGACCCUACCGAGGUCAAGGAGUUCCUCUGCAAGCUGGAGAAGUCGGCCAAGGAGGACGCGCCAGACCUAGCUAGUAGUGGAUGUACGUAGCUAGCAAAGAGGAUGUGGAUGGCGAGCAACACCAACAAGAGGCGCUAAAUACACACACCUGCAUGCUGGCCUUUUUGUUGUUUUCCUUUUGCUCCUCUCUAUGCUAUGCAUAUAUAGUACUAGUCUCUACUUAGAACCUGCUGCUGCUGCUGCACGCAUGGUCGCUUAUUACUACAUGGCCAUGCAGUGCGUGCGAUGGAGAAACAACCUAUAGGUGCUCGAUCGAUUGGCCUUGUGCCCUUGUGUCCUGAAAGGCGGGGGUAUCGAUCUGUCUGUUACUGCAUCCUCCCGGCCGGCAAGGUCUUGUAAUUAGCCGCUGGUACUGGAGAAAUG